UAUCACUGCACUGACAUGCAUCUGGGACCAAUAGUCAUCAUCAUUCUAUUUGUUCUCACAAAUGGAUAUGAAUACAAAUCAAUAGUGUGAAUUUCACACCUUUUUUUUCUUUCUUGAAAGUAGCUCUACAAAUAUCACAGAAAACAUAUCUCAUUGCUCAAUUGCUCCAAAUGGGAUAUUGAGAUUUUAUAUAAUUUCUAUUUUGGUAUUUUCAUUUGAUCACCUGCAACAUUUGAUUCCCAAAAAAAAAUCAAGAAAAAGAAAAAAAAAUGGAAAAUGUUGCGGAAUCGUCGAUUGUGCCUCCGGGCUUUCGAUUUCACCCGACAGAUGAAGAACUCGUCGGGUAUUAUCUCAAGAGGAAGGUCAACUCUCUCAAAAUUGACCUUGAUGUGAUCAUUGACAUUGAUCUCUAUAGAAUUGAGCCAUGGGACAUUCAAGGCUUUUGGAAGGCAACGGGCCGAGACAAGGCCGUUCUCUCAAAGGAUAAGCUCAUAGGGAUGAGAAAGACUUUAGUUUUUUACCAAGGGCGAGCGCCAAACGGGAGAAAAUCUGACUGGAUCAUGCACGAAUAUCGGCUCCAAACAUCCGAAAAUGAACACACUCAGGAAGAAGGAUGGGUCGUUUGCCGCGCGUUCAAGAAGCCAACCCCAAACAACAAACAAAGCUUCGAAUCUUGGACUAACUCGACUUCCUUAGCACAAAAUGUUAACCUUCAUAAUCAAGGCACGACGAGCUUCAAUCCGCCUUUAUCCAACAUUCGAAAUCCUUUAGUAGAGCUUCGAAAACUCGGGAGCCCCUCGAUUUCCACGAGUUUUGCCAGCACAAAAGAAAAUAUUUUCGACCAAAAGGGGAUUUUUGAGAGUAUUGGUAGUAAUAGUCUGUAUGGGGAAUAUUGGAAGAGUUUUGAUAGGUUGCUUGAGUCUCAAGUAAUUGGGCCGUCGUCGUUUGCUGUGCAGCCAAACAUGCCCUUGGUAAUGUCAUCACACAAUCUUGGGCUUCUUGCUGAUGAUCAAACUCAUAUGAACCAUGCACUUGAAUGUUUUCUAGACUUGUAGCAGAAGAUGCAUAUAUAUCUAUCUAUAUAUAUAUAUAUACCACUUUAUUUAUAUAUCAUGUCCAUGUAGGAUUUUGAUUGGAAGUGUAAAAAUAACAAGCCUUUUUUGGAAAAUUUUAUUUGAAUUUUGAUUUGAGCAUAUANGCCUAUUUAGUUUAUGAAAAUAGUAGUUUUUUU